AUGAAAUUCUCCAUAUCACAAAUCGUAUUGACUUGUUGUCUAGCUCUAUACGUUGAAGCUCAUAAUGUUUUGGUUCCAGCUUACAGUCGUAGAUGUUUCUACGAAGAUUUGAACAAAGGUGAUGAGAUUGCUGUGACUUAUCAAUUUGGUGAUAGAAAUCCAGAAUCUUAUUCUCAAUUAUAUGGUGAUUUUAUCUUAUAUGGUCCACAAAAUAGAGAAGUAUUAGCAACAGAAAAAUCAUCAUCUCAUGGUGAUAUUAAAGUUACAGCUCCAAUCAAAGGUAAAUACGAAUACUGUUUCAGUAAUGGUGAAAAUAUUCCAACAAAAGAUGUUACAUUUAAUGUUCAUGGUGUUGUUUAUGUUGAUGUCGAUGAUGAAAAUUCUAAUACUUUAGAUAGUUCGGUAAGAAAAUUAUCAAAAUUAGUACGUGAAAUUAAAGAUGAACAAGGUUAUAUUGUUAUUAGAGAAAGAACUCAUAGAAACACAGCAGAAUCUACUAAUGACCGUGUUAAAUGGUGGUCUGUCUUCCAAGUUGGUGUCGUUGUAGCAAAUUCUAUCUUUCAAAUUUAUUAUUUGAAAAGAUUCUUUGAAGUUACUUCUUUUGUUUAA